AUGGAGAUGAAUUCAGAUCCUGGUGUUAUGUCUGAGGCAGAAUAUGAAGAGGAUACUUUCUAUGCUGAAAUUAGGAGGCAGAUUCUGUUGUUGACAUCAGAAGACAACGAAGAAUUUCUAGAAACAAGAAGUUUCAAUCCAGUUAAUGUCACUGAUGGUGGCUCAAACAGGCCAGUUUACAGAUUUAACUGCGGAUCUCCACCUGCAAGCAGUUUCUCUUUGUGGGAAAGAAAUGGGUCUGGUUCACCACCCCUUUGGCUAGUGAACUUGUGGAAGAAUGGUAAAGGUACUGGAGUGUUCAUUCCCCAAGUGGCAUCUAGGAAAAACCAAAGACCAGGAAAAAUGAAUAGCAGGAGAAAAAUCUAUAGACCAGUGGAAAACAAGGAUUGA